UCUUCUUCUUCUUCUUCUUCUUCUUCUUCUUCUUCUUCUUCUUCUUCUUCUUCUUCUUCUUCUUCUUCUUCUUCUUCUUCUUCUUCUUCUUCUUCUUCUUCUUCUUCUUCUUCUUCUUCUUCUUCUUCUUCUUCUUCUUCUUCUUCUUCUUCUUCUUCUUCUUCUUCUUCUUCUUCUUCUUCUUCUUCUUCUUCUUCUUCUUCUUCUUCUUCUUCUUCUUCUUCUUCUUCUUCUUCUUCUUCUUCUUCUUCUUCUUCUUCUUCUUCUUCUUCUUCUUCUUCUUCUUCUUCUUCUUCUUCUUCUUCUUCUUCUUCUUCUUCUUCUUCUUCUUCUUCUUCUUCUUCUUCUUCUUCUUCUUCUUCUUCUUCUUCUUCUUCUUCUUCUUCUUCUUCUUCUUCUUCUUCUUCUUCUUCUUCUUCUUCUUCUUCUUCUUCUUCUUCUUCUUCUUCUUCUUCUUCUUCUUCUUCUUCUUCUUCUUCUUCUUCUUCUUCUUCUUCUUCUUCUUCUUCUUCUUCUUCUUCUUCUUCUUCUUCUUCUUCUUCUUCUUCUUCUUCUUCUUCUUCUUCUUCUUCUUCUUCUUCUUCUUCUUCUGAAUUAAUUGCUUCAAAGUCUCUUCAAUGCAUUGUCGAAGGACGUGUUCUGCCAUCCAACACGCUGCACGACACCUCAGAAACAAACCCUCAGCACACUCUUCACCUUAAUGGCCAAGGCUCCCCCACUCCUCUAAAGCUGCACAACUACAGUCCUCGCACUAAAAAUGGCGCUGUCUUAACACUCAAAAGCCCUCAUCUCACCCCACAGUAUGACUCAAUCCAGACAGUGCUAACCUUUAAAGACCUGUUGAAAAAGAACAAUAAAGGUGAUGGGAGUAUAGGAGCCUCUUCUGUGUCGCAACCACCUACACUCCUCUCGUCCCUGGUGAUGGUGGAGUCUCUGGGAAGGCAACGAGGUGGAAACACGGGUCUCGCCACUGAUGUGCACCUGCCUCUCAUUAGCGCUACAUUACCUAACAGCCAGGUGUGGGAGGAAGGGAAGGAGAUCAUGAGAGGAUGA